AUGACAAAGAAGGAGCUCAAGGCGAUGAGCGAGGAGGAGUUUGAGGACCUAGAGGAGGACAUUCGCCUUGAGUGCAAGCGGUUUGGCACCGUGAAAUCGCUGCACAUUGUUCGACCGAAGGAUGUCACCAAUCCCGAUGAUAGCGGCAGUGACAGCGAUGAGGAGGAGGAGAAAGCAGAGGCAGUGGAGGCUGCUGCGGAGAAGGUGGAAGGAGCAGCAGAGGGAGGUGCAGCAGCAGAAGGGGAGGAUGAUGAUGUGAAGGAGGUGGUUAAUGAUGAGGAGGGCGGAGAGGAGGGAGGAGCGAAGGAGGGGGGAGAGAAGGAGGGAGCAGAAAAGGAGGGAGGGGAUGAGGAGAUGAAAGAAACAGAGGAGGAGGCUGAGGGCAAGGGUGAAGGGAAGGCAGAGGAGGAGGGUGGGGAGGGCGCAGAUGCGGCAGGAGAGCCUGUGGUUGAGGAGGUUGAGGUGGCUCGAGCCGCGGAGGAGGGUGGGAAAGGCGCAGCAGGAGAGCCUGUGGUCGAAGUAGCUCGAGCAGAGGAGGAAGGUAGUGACUCGGAUAGUGAUGUGGUGGAGGUAGUGCCAGAGACACGAGGGGAGGUAGAGAAGGGAGAGAAGGAAGAGGAGGAGAAGGGGGAGGAAGAGGUGGAGGAGGUGCAGGGCGGUGUGUGUGCGUCUGACAAGAGUGGUGAGGGGGAAGGUCAGGCGUUGGAUGGGUUGGCAGAUAUUGCUGCUGCUGCCGCUGCUGAGACGGCAGGGGUCAAGGAGGAGGGAGGUGCUGAGGCAAAAGAAUCUGAGGGUGGGGGAGGGUUUGCCCUUGAUCUGAAUGUGACUGUAGAGGGGGAGGAGGACGGUGGGAAGGGUGGAGGUGGGGAGGGAGGGGCGAAGGAGGAGGCGGAAGGGGGGAAGGAAGAGGCGGAAGGGGCUAAGGAGGAGGUGUAUGAGACGGCCUCAGAGGAUGAAGGGGAGAAGGGAGAGGGAGGGGCGGAGGCUAAGGCGGAGGAGGGUGCAGAGGCGAAGGAGGGUGAAGGGAAGGAAGGGAGUGGGAAGGAGGGAGAGGGUGAGGGGAAGGAGGGAGCUACAGGAAAGGUGGAUGGCGAGGGAGAGGCGGCAGGAAACACAGAGGCAGCGGAGGGCAAGCAGCAGGAGGUGGAAGUGGAGGAGGGUAAAGGGGAGGAGGAGAAGGUGGAAGGGAAGCAGGAGGCGGUCACAGUGGAGGGCAAGCAGGGCACAGCAGAAGAAGCAGCAGCGGUUGUAGCAGAGGGAGCAGCAGAAGAGGGCAAGGAGGGCAGGGAGGGCAAGGGAAGAGUCACCUUCCCCGCGCCCUUCCGCCCCGCAAUCCUCGUCCCCCCAGGCACAGAUGUACCUCCCCCAGGUGUCGCCACCCCAGCUGCUACUCUUGCUGCGCCAGGUUCUAUCCGCUUCCCUGCCCCAUUUGCCCCUGGUGCUCCGCCCCCUGCCGCUGGCAAGGGGUUGCUAGGGCACCAGCCAGGACAGGUGGGAAAGCCUGGAGAAGCAGGUAAGCCAGGGCAACCGGGGGCUAUUGUGCUGGCUGGGUCUAAAGGGAUGGGGGAUUUGGUGGAUGCAGCACGGAGGGGAGAGAGGGAGGUGGAGAAGUGGAGGGUUGGGCGGGCGUAUGUGGAGUUUUCGCGAGAGGAGAGUGCGAGUCGGGCGGCGCAUAUGUUGCAUGGCAGGGUGUAUGCGGGGAGGAAGGUGACAUGCUCGUUUGUGCCGCUGAGGGUGUAUCAGAAGAAGUUUAACAAGGGGUUGAAGCCGCGCACGCACGAGGAGAAACAGGAGGCUGCGUUGGCUGUGCAGGCGCAUUUGACGUCCCACUUGCCUGAUGACUUUUAG